AUGGAGGAAAGACGCAACCGCCAUGACUGCCGUGAUUAUAUUUUACCCAGUCCCAAUGAGCCAUCGUUGCUAUAUGGACAUGCCGAACAUCGGUAUGAGACUAUAUGGCAACAGACUAUAGAAAGUGGGGCGAUAGGUUGCCGAAAAACGGGUACAAUUUUACAUUUGGAUGAUAUUCCAGAUCAGAUAAUACCUCACUUGCGGCGGACGGGUUUUUAUGGCGUAAUACGGUUAGGUUUUUUUGCAUUAGAUUGGCACUUAAUUACGGCCCUUGUUGAGCGUUGGCGACUAGAGACACAUACAUUUAUGUUUCCCGAAGGGAAAAUGACCAUAACCCUUCAGGAUGUGGGGCUAAUAACCGGGUUGCCAGUGAAUAGUGCAGCUAUAACAGGCCGAUCACUCCACCAUUGGCCAUCAGUUUGUGAGGCAUUAUUAGGUAUCGUUCCACCUAAUAAUGCCAUAAGAGGGUGUUAUCUGAAAAUGAAUUGGCUGGCUGAGGAGUUUAGUCAACUCCAUGAUGAGGAAGUUGUACAUAGUGAUACAUCUGCUUCCCGUGUGAACCUAAUGUUCCUACCUUUGCUAGCUGAUCUUGAAGAAGCCGGCAAUUAUAGCUGGGGUAGGAUAUGGGCAUGGGACCGGAUCACAGCAGUAUCGCCGGCACUGUCCAACAGAAUACCACAUCAUGACGCUCCACUAGGCAGCAAGUGGAGUAAUGCCAGACAGAUAACGGAGGUUGUCACUCACGUACUCGUGGAGUUGCGUUAUCAGCUUGAUAGACUAUUACCCAAAUUUAUCCCGCACUUCAGCUUGUAA